UAUUCCUUUUUCUCUCGAUUUCACGCUGUCCUAAUUUUCUAUAGACAUUACUUUUUAUUCAUCAGCUUUGGCUGCUGAAUUUUUUAAAUUUUCCCCACUUCUUUCGGGAUCAGGCCUUCAAAAAUCUUCAUUUGAUUUUUCCGCUUAAUUUAACUUUUAAAACAUAAACCUAAUCCACUGUGCCAGUUAAAAACGAAGUAGCCAUAGAAUCCCGAUGAUCACUCAUACGCAACGGAGUGCACACAAACACACAUAAAAAAUAUUGUUUGCGAUUUCGAUGAUAUUCAAGUAGCCACGAAAACUACAAUAAAACAAAAUAAAACUGCCAAAAGGAAAAACGCUAAUCAAAAUCAGAAUAAAAUACAAAAAAAAAAAACGAAAAAAAACAAAAAACGCGUUGAAAACGCAACGUUGCAUUGCAAUGCACAGCACUAACAACAAGCACAGCAUAAGAAUGCAGGAACAACUACACGAAGGGGCUAAGGUGCGAGUAUUGCUAGCGAAAAAAGUAGAAAAAGGCCAACAAAAGCAGCUAAAUAAAAACAAAAGCAAGCAAGUACUUUUUUCCAAAUUUUUUGUUUUGAAUGAAUUUCAUUGCCGCUGCGUUGCGUUCGCUGACGCAAGCCUAUACGAACGCUUUGGAAAAUACGAAACACCAACACUUUCGCACACACACACACACACAGUUGCCCACAGUUGCCCAAUUGUAUGAGAAUACUUGGAUGGACGUUGAGAACACUUGACGCGCACACAGCCACUCUCGGCCAUAACGCGACGCACCGCCAAGUGCAGUUCACAUUCAGUUUCCGGCGGUGUUGGCCAAAAUGACGGAAAACGUUUCGGUGUAGUUUUUACGUAGCGGUGUUUUUUCAUGUUUCGUGUUUUUUGUUGUUAAUUGUUUGAUGUUCGCUGUAUGUAAAUAUUUUUUAUGCGCCUUCAUAUGUUUGCGUGUGUGCGUGUGUGAGUUUAUGAGCAUAGAUAUGGGCGAAUGCGCAUGCGAGUGAAGUCAAAUAAACAAAUAACUUAACCAGCAGCGGCAAUGGCAUGUCAGUCAACUUGACAAUCAGUCAGUCAGUGAUACGGAGGAGCCAGUUGGCCGGUUGCGCUCGCUCGGUUGGUUGCAAAUAUUCUUUUGGCAAAAUUUUUAUGACUUUCCUGAUUUUCUGCGCGCUGGCGGUUGUUAAAAAGUUUUAAUUUUGGAUUUUCGAAAAUCCUUGUAUGUAUGAGUGUGUAGAGUUUCAUAUGCAAAGCGAAUGACCCGGACGCGUUGCGAUUGACGACGAUCGCUGGUGAGGUUUUGUGUGCUUCUCAUUGUGAAGUUACAGAUUUUAUGAGCGCGAAUUUGAGCGCGCCAUUUUCGGACUCAUUCAACCGUUUUACCUACAAACACAGAUGCGCAUAUAUAAAAGUACAUACGAACACGUACAGUGGGGCGUAUAAUGAGCGGAAAUCAGUGCCCAAAAUGAAAUAAAAAAAAUCUGAAACAUCAAAAAAAAAAAAAAUCGUUUAACACAAAAACAAAAAAUUACAACAGUCAAUUGGCAAUUUGUUGUGGUCGUUGCGCUUUUUGUCGCUCACAGUGCGUGCGCUUGUAUGUAUGUAUACGCGCUAAUGUAAGCGGAAAUCGAGAAUUUAAAACAACAACAACAACAACAAUGAAAGCACACUGAAGGAAAUAUUAAUGAGCACAGUAAAAACACCACUAACUGCAACAACAACAAACGCCAGUACGCAGAAAAAAAGAAGAAGACCAAACGAAGCGCAGAAUUCUUGAGCAAAACAAUGCAAAGCAUUUAACUGCAUUUUUUAACGUUUUUGUUUUUCCCUUUACCAACUUUUUUUUGUGCUUGAGCAGCAGUAAGCGUAGAAAAAAGUGCGAGAAGAGAACGAAGUUAAGUGCAGUAAAGCAAAGAAACAAAAACACAAAAACAAAAAAAAAAAACACGCACACACACACAAAAUCAGUGGCAGCUAGAAAAGUGUGUGCAAAAAAAGUAAACCAUAAAAAAUUUGCAAAAAAAGUGACAGUUGUGACGGGUGAAGCAAGCAAAUGGCUGUAAAGCAAGCGUUUUUGAAUAAGAACAACUACUUUAGUAACAACAACAACAACAACAACAUCAACAGCAGCAGCUUUUGCAUGCUAACUGCACUUUGUCGCAUUGGCAGUUAAUUUGCUUUGGCACGACAGCGUAGCAAUCGAGUGCAAAGUAGCAGCAAUAGCAACAACAACAACAGCAACGUCAACACUAAUAACAGCGCGUCGAAAAAUUCUCCCAUUUCCCCCUUCCCCAUAAUUAUUAACCCUACAGGGCGUGUCGCCACGCCCAGCUGACCAUUUUCCAAACCGCUGAGUAGCAACGAUCGCGCGGCGGUAAAGCUUCGCUUGUCAGGUUAGGCCCAUAAGUGCAUACACAACAACAACACUUUAUUGCCUACUCUUUUGUAACUCGCCAAAACUCAACACAACCAGCGGUACUUCCAAGUGCGUCGCUUGUCGACGUCACCGCCACCGCCGUCGCCACCAUCAGCUCAACCUCAACUGUCAUUAGUUGACGUUUUAAUUGCGGCUUCGAUUUUCUGAUUUGCAAUUUGCAUUUAAACUCAGCAACACAAUAGCCACAAACACAAAGAAGAAGAAAAAAAAAUCACAAUAACAACAACAACAAAUAAGUGCAACAAUAGCACUACUGGCAAAAGCAAAAUUGUUUGUGCGCGCACGAAAGCGAAACGAAGUGAUAAACAAAGAAAAGUGUAAAAAUUACAGUUUUUCUGGUGCUGGCGCUGGUGCGGAUGCUGGUGCUACCGUUGGCUGCAGUUCGUCAGCUAGCAAUGCACCUGUAGUACUACCAAGUUCUUGCUUCUUUUUCAUUUGUAUUGCAACUGGUUAUUAAAAAAAUUAAUCUUAGACGCGCAAUCAAACACCUGAGUGCUAUUUAUGAUAAUACUGCAAUUCACAAAAUAUAACGGUACUAGUAAAAUCGUUUCACGAAGGCGCUACACCAACCGGGUAACAAAAAAGUAUUAAAGUUUAUUUUUAUUAAAGAAAAAAAACAUAACAACUAAAUUAAAACUAAAACAGAUGCGUGUAACGGAACCAAAAACAUACAUAUACAUACAUAUGUACACAUAAAUUUAUAUGUACAACUCAAUAUGAAUAGGAUUACACAAAACGAAACCAAAAAUUAUUAAUUAAAAAUAAAAACAAAAAAAAACUGAACGCUAAUUAAUCGAAUUAAUAAUCAAGUGGAAAGCUAAUUCAAACUUAAUUUAUGCUAUCAGCAAAACAUCAACAACAACAUAAACAACAUUUAGUCAACCUAACCAACAAUCACCAACAACAACAAACAAAAUGAAUUGCGUCGCAAUACCGCCACCGGAAGAGAAACAACAGCCGAUACAGCAAAUUUUGCACAACGAACUGGUGUUGCCACCGCCGGAUAUCAGCGGCGGCAACCACAAUACUGGCAGCGGCAGCGCCUCGAAAACCCAAUCACUACAGCGCACCACACACCUGUACUGUCGGUCGUUGGAGAAGGAGCGCGGUGAUCGACGCACCUCGUCGCGCGGUUUGGCUUCGUGUUUGCGCGGUGAACGCGAUGAGUUCGUCAGUGACUAUCGUGAAAUGCGUCCGCGUGCGCAACAAAUCGAUUUGCUGCCGACGGUUGUGAUGGGGCAGGGCGUCGGCAAUGGUGCUGGUGGCGCUGCUGGUGGUGGUGGCAACAAUGCAGGUGUGGAGUUGGGUAAUGGAGCCGAUGCGGGUAGCAGGUGUGAGUACAAAUCGAAAACCCUGCCACGCAUCCAUUUCGACACUUCCAUUAACGACACUUCGUUAAAUGAAGGUGAGUUUGUGGAUUUACUGCAGACAAGAGGUGGAAUUUUAGACAGCGUAAGAAUGACAGCAGGUAUUUCGUAAAAUAUUUAUUCAAAACAAAAUGGAAUGAUUAUUUUGCGCUAUAUUGCACAAGUAGGCGGACUAAUCAACCUACGCAUGUGUUAUACCAGUGAACGAGCUGGUUCAUAAUGAACACAACUGAAAGUAGUUCAAUGACUCCAUCAACAUUUAUGUAUAUUCAUUGAAUUCUCAUUUCGUCAUUCUUAACGAUUUUUUAUUUAGAAAGAAGAAUGUUUCUUUUGCAUACAACUCUAAUUGGGCAUUUUCCAACUGGUUACUUUCUAGUCCAUUACGUACUAGUUUCAUCUUCGGCAUCAAAUACCAGUUCGUGAAUAGGAAGGUUUGCUGCUAGUUUGACAAAAACAAAAAAAAAUUGGAUGAUUAAUAAGUGGCCGCACAAAUCACCGGAUGCUUGAGUGUUAUACAAGUGAACGAACUGGUUCAUAAUGGACACAAAAGAAAGUAGUUCAAUGACCCCAUCAACAUUUAUAUUCGUUGGAUUCUCAUUUCGUCAUUCUUAACGAUUUUAUAUAUAUAUAUAUAUAUAUAUAUAUAUAUAUAUAUGUUUCUUUUGCAUACACCUCGGAUUAGACAUUUUGCAACUGGUUACUCCCCAGUCCAUCACGUACUAGUUUCAUCUCUUCCAUCCAUUUCCAUGAAAAGAAGAGUAUUUCAUUUGCAUAUACCUCUAAUUGGUAAUUUUGCAACUGGUUGCAUUCUAGUCCAUUACGUACUAGUUUCAUAUUUUCCAUCCAUAUCCGUGGAAAGAAGAAUAAUUGCUUUACAUACACCUUGAAUGGGGCAUUUUGCAACUGCUUACUUUCUAGGCCAUUGUGUUCUAGUUUUAUUUUUGCCAUCAAAUAUCAGUUCAUGAAUAGGAAAAGUGGCUGCUAGUCUGGCUUUUCUCUGCAGAAUAUCGAGCAAUGCACAAAGUUUUGUAUAGAAAACCGAAAUUUAGCAUCAGGAAAACGAAAUAAUUUUAACCUUAUUUAAGCAACAACAAUUCGAGGGAACCUUAUUUUCUUAAGGCAUUAUAAUUUACAUUUAAUUACCUACAAAUUAAUUAUGGGUUUUUAUACCUCUCUUUUUGUCUUUUUCGGUUUUUCAAACAAAAUAAAUUAAUAAAUAGUUUCGUAAUAAUUUUUUAUAAAUUUGUAUGCCUUUUAUGCUUUUUUGUUUAACUACAACAAUUUUUCGGCUUUUCGGCAAACAAACAAACAACUCAAUAAAUUAAAUUUCUUUUUAAUGACAAGUUACAGCUAAUUUCUCUAAACCAUUUGCCCCCCUAGUAUUUAUUAACGUAAUUUACAAAAUUAAAUUUUCAUAAAUUAAUUGGCAUUUUGUCAGGCAAAAUAGAGUUAGAAAAUGAUGCCCCCACUUCAUGGAUGUAUUUUCCGCCAAUAACUUUCUUCUAACUAAUUGAUUCUCCAUUAAAAUACGUGCAUAUAUUUCACGUUGCCACACAAGUGCCCCAAAAGGUGAAUUGCACCAACAACUCUGUAUUUUAAAAAUUUAUAAAUUACUUUUAAUUGAACACCGCCUGAGUGUGGCGGCGGUUGUGCUUGAUGCUACCGGAGAACUUUGAUGAUAGAGUCAUUAAAGCACCGUUGAAUUAAAACAGUUUUUACCUCGCAGGUAAUCAGAUAAGUGGAGGCAAUGUGGUGAAAAUGGUUUGAAAAAAUAAAAUAAAAAAGUGAGAAACAAAAAUAAAUCAAAAUUAUGAAGUAAAAUGCUUGUGUGUGUGCAUGUGUGCGCAGUUAGCGCCUUAAAGCGUGCUUUUCCACACUACACCGCUUUCUUUUUAUUGCCACUGCCAUUUUACUAACACUUUUCCAUCUCAGCCUGUUUGUAUGCAACGAUUUUGCUUGGUGGUUAUCGCCUCGAGAUAGUUCGCUGAAUGUGAGUGGCAAAGCAAAUGCGCUCGCUCAAUGGGUAUGUGGCAAGCACUCAAUAUUCCGCUGUUAAUUUAUCAUUCAAGGUUUCACUAAAAGUAGGCUACGUUUUUGUUAUAUUCUUUGGUAUAUGAUAUGGUUUCACUACCGGGUGGUGUUUGAAGUGAGUACACUGUGUAUGUGUUUCAUCGUGUAAUAGGAAUAUGGAAAGAAAUUUUUAAGUAAGGUUAUGUACAAAAAAAAACAACAACAAGCAAAUAAAAUAAUAUGAAAUAAAAAUAUUUAAUAUUAUAAAUAAAAAAAUUCAAAAAUAAAAUGAAACCAAAUAAAAAAUGGAAUAAAAGGAAAUAAAUAAAUAAAAUUAAUUAUAAAAUAAAAUGAAAUAUUAUAAAAUAAUAUGAAGUAAAAAAAGUAAAAAUAAAAAGGAAUAUAUAAAACAAAACCGAAUAAAAAUAUUAAUAAUAAUUAAAGAAAUAAAAUGGAAAUAAAUAAAAUUAUUUAGACUAUUAAACGAAAUAAUGUAAAUUAAUAUGAAAUAAAUAAAAAAAAAAACAAUAAAAUAAAAGGAAACCAAAUACAGAAAAUGUAUAAAACGGAGUAAAAAUAAAAAUAAGAGUACAUUAAUGAAAUUAAUUAAAAAAUAAAAUGAAAUAAACAACAUAAAAUAAAUUCAAAUUUUUUAAUAAAAAAGAGUAAAUACAUAAUUAAA